AGGCUCGUUCGUCUGACAGGUAUUAACAUUCAGAAAAACAAGAUGCAGCGGCGCGGGCAGGCGAGGCGGGUCAGGCGCGCCUUGGCCACCUCAAGCCGACAGAACAAGUAAGGACCGGCUGCGACACGACAAAAAAGGCCCCUUGCCCAAGCCCGGCACGGUUUUCCCCUUAUUGCCCGGUUCUUCGGUUCCCCGACUGGCUGUGUGGCGACCCCGAGCUUCUCCCACCGAGGGGCCGAGAACUGGGGAGUCAUGGCUGAGGUGAAAGUGAAGGUGCAGCCGCCCGACGCGGAUCCGGUCGAAAUAGAAAACAGGAUUAUAGAAUUAUGUCACCAGUUUCCCCAUGGAAUCACAGACCAAGUAAUUCAGAAUGAAAUGCCUCAUAUAGAAGCCCAGCAGCGGGCCGUGGCCAUCAAUAGACUCCUGUCCAUGGGUCAGUUGGAUCUCUUAAGGAGCAAUACGGGACUACUGUAUAGAAUAAAGGAUUCUCAGAAUGCUGGCCCUGUCUCAUUCUUUUUAAGUAAAAUGAAAGGAUCAGAUAACCAAGAAAAACUAGUAUAUCAAAUCAUAGAAGAUGCAGGAAAUAAAGGAAUAUGGAGCAGAGAUAUCCGGUACAAAAGUAACUUGCCAUUAACAGAAAUCAACAAAAUUCUAAAGAAUUUGGAAAGUAAAAAGCUUAUCAAAGCUGUUAAGUCUGUGGCAGCCUCAAAAAAGAAAGUAUACAUGCUCUAUAAUCUGCAACCGGACCGGUCUGUGACUGGUGGAGCCUGGUACAGUGAUCAGGAUUUUGAAUCAGAAUUUGUAGAGGUGCUUAACCAACAGUGUUUUAAAUUCCUACAAACCAAGGCAGAAACAGCACGAGAAAGCAAACAGAAUCCAAUGAUACAAAGAAAUAGUUCAUUUGCCUCAUCACAUGAAGUGUGGAAGUACAUCUGUGAACUGGGGAUCAGUAAGGUAGAGUUGUCCAUGGAGGACAUUGAAACGAUCUUAAAUACACUCAUUUAUGAUGGGAAAGUGGAGAUGACUAUCAUUGCUGCAAAAGAAGGCACAGUUGGCAGUGUAGACGGACACAUGAAACUGUACAGAGCAGUCAAUCCAAUCAUCCCACCCACGGGUUUGGUCCGGGCACCGUGUGGACUCUGCCCGGUUUUUGAUGACUGCCAUGAAGGUGGUGAGAUUUCACCAUCUAACUGUAUAUAUAUGACAGAGUGGCUCGAAUUUUAACAGAGAAUAGGAACUUUACUGACAUUUUGCAAAUGAAGUUACUUUGGGAGCAGAUAAUUUAACUCACGAUGGAACAUCAAAUUCCCUUGAAAGCAUACUUCACAAUAAUGGACAGAUAUGCUGCUAUGCAAAAGUAUUUUUUUAAUCUAUGAAGACUAAAUUUAUAUUGGUAGAGUAGCCUACAGAAUAUGAAACAGGUAAGGUUAGUAGUGAAAUUCGUUCUUCAAUAAAUAUAAUACUUUGAACUUCCAGAAGACCACCUUCUGAAGCUUUCAAGACUUUUGAUGGUUCAUGGAAAAAGAAGCCAACAAAUCCAUAUUUGCCAUAUACUACAAUAAUGACUAAAGUUUAAAAAUGUCCAUUUUAAAGUUAUUUAUUAAGGUCUUCAUUGGAAAAUUUUAUCUGGUUCACUAUUGCCAUUUGUUUUCUCUUUUCUCAGUGGUUUCAUUGGGAAGGAAUCAAACGCGGUGAGGCAGGAAUAGCACUUAGAGGCAUGAGUGGGGGAGAGUGUGGAACAUCCCUUUCCACACACUAUUCAUUCCUUUUUACAUCAGAAAUAUUCUUUGAGUGUUAUGCCUUUGUUCUUACCUCAAAUGCAAAUGACUGUUGCCAGAGAUGUUUUCAGUGCAUAAAUAUGAUUAUUCUAGUCCUAAAGAGAAUGUUUUCACUGAUCCUUCUUUGUCAGAGUCUUCCAAAUUUCACUCUGUGGCUCAGCUGCCUUAUUUGCUAGAAUUGCCCUAUAAUGCAUUGCCCUCCAUUCACACUUUAUUGUGAGCGGGGUACCACUCCACUUUUCUUGUCUUAUUUUAGAUUUUUUUUCUUUACAGUCUUAAAAGUCAUGGUGUAAUUGGUCUAACCCAAGCAGAAAGCCAUUAUAAUUUUUCUCAGUUCUAAUAGUACUUUCAAGCCUGUGUUAUUUGGUGUAUUAUUGCACAGAAGUUAGCUUUUUAGGAUCUCAGCUAUUGUAUUUUCACUUUGUAGCUCUACUUAAUGAUUUCUGUGUCCAGGCCAAAAGCAUGGGACCAAAGGAAAGAACUCAAAGCCAGCUACUACUGAGGCCUGAGUUCAAACACCAGUUUGGAUAUACUCCAAGUGGUAAACAUCAGAAGGAUUAUUUUGAGGUAUAUGGGAUCAAUAAAAUAAAAUUCAGCUCAGUAACCAACUAAGGUGGAGACUGUGGCCAGCUCUAUAGAAAUAUAAUCAAUAACACUAGGACUUUGAAACAAACAUCAUUUCUGGUAUUGGAUAUAUAGAAGAUAGAGAAGAAUCUGGGAGCCUGAAACUACAACACCCACAGAGAGUGCUGGAAUAGUAACAUUAUCUGUCCUUGGGACCUGGCCUGUCAUGAAAGUAGUAGUCUUAUUUCAUGAGAAAACUGAACCUGGGGGAGAGGUACAGGUGGAGAGAAGGAAGCAGUUCAUGUAUUAAAUACAGACUUUGCAUUGUGUCUUGACAGCCAAAGAUUUUAAAGCUUAUAAUCAGAGACUGCAACAUAAAUGCUUUUCCCACAGCAUGUUUUUCAUUCUAAAUAGUAGCUGAAGGAGAAAAGAGACAAAAAUACUGUGCCUUUAAUACAUGAUUAAGUGGAUAUUUACCCAUCAGAAGUAAACUGUGACUAAAACAAA